AUGGAUCUCGCAAUCACCUUGGUCAAGUCGGUCAUGCGGGCCUUCUACGAGACCCGCGAAAUACUCGUAAUUGAUGCGCUCAUACUUCACGAAGCGCUUCGAGACGAUGACUUGGCUUACCUCAUGUCUAUCAACACGAAAGACCUACACAAGAUCUGCGGCAAACUUCGCGAGGACAGAUUUUUGGUUGUGUAUGUGUGUGCGAUGCCAGAUGAUGAUCUCCCUGCUGACCAAAACCCGCGCAGACACACUAGGUCCGAACUACGAGAAGGCAACCCGAGACCGAGCAAUCGAACAUGGUACUAUAUCGACUACCGAAGUACAAUUGACGCAAUCAAGUGGCGUGUCUAUACCAUCGAUAAGGAAGUGCAAGGAACCACUCAAGUUGCUAGUGAAAAGAAAGAGUACUUCUGCGCACACUGCAAGGCAGAGUGGACAGCUAUGGAAGUUCUGGACAAUGUCGGUCCACAGGGUUUUCUAUGCCAUCGCUGCUCCCAUGUUCUCACCUUCGAAGCCGACCGAACAUCCACUGGGCAUGAGCAGUCAACACGACUUAACGACCAAUUCAAAUUCAUAAGCGAACUUCUACCCAAAAUCGAUUCAGUCCAUAUUCCCGAGUGCGACUUCGAUCGUGCGCUUGCCAAGGCCCGCCCAGUCAAGCGUGAUGAGACACAUCAACGUGCUCAGACGAUAGCAGCAGAUGCCGGCGCCAACCGACCGAUGGCAGUUAAGGGCUUGACAAACACAGGACCGCAAUCAAUUGCUGUCAACAUAUCAACAUCGGAUGGCCUGACGGAGGCUGAGAAGGCAGCAGAGCAGGCACGCAAAGAACAGAUCGCGAAACAAAAUGCGCUGCCGUCAUGGAUGUCUAAUAGUACAGUCACUGGUGAAUCUUUCACUGCAACUACUACUCCUGGUGCUGCUACAACCAUAAAGAAAGAGGCAGGCAAAGAAGGACCAGCUGCGCCGGCCGCGGCCAACGAUCAAAUAGAUAAUAUAUUUGAGAUGCUCAAGGCAGAACAAGCGGCGAAGCAAGCCAAGGAAGAGUCAGAGGAAGAUGAGGACGACGAGGAUGAGGAUGAAUUCGAGGACGUGCCUGCCAAGCGGGUGAAGAUAGAGCAGAAGGAAGAAGACGACGAGGAGAGCGAAGAGGAGAUCGAGUUUGAAGACGUUUAG